UAUGGAUACGUCGCCGGAGAUUCAGAAGAUCAAAUCCCCGGCGCCGGCCGCACGUGCAGCCACGGCAGCGCACGUGCUCGGCGUCAUCUCCAUCGUUCUUCUCCUUGUGUGGCUGCUACACUACCGCGAAGGCAUCCGUCUCGAUUCUCCGAACGCCUUCCGCAUCUUCAACGUUCACCCUUUCCUAAUGUUCUUCGGAUUCAUUUUCAUGGCGGGCGAAGCUAUGAUGGCAUACAAGACGACGGCUAGAGCGGAGAAGACAGCGCAGAAACUCGGGCACGCCCUGAUUCACUCGAUCGCGAUCGCACUCGGGAUCGUCGGGUUGCAUGCAGUGUUCAAGUUUCAUGAUCAGUUAAACAUACCAAAUAUGUAUAGCCUCCAUUCUUGGAUUGGUAUAGCCACAUUCUCCAUCUUUUGCCUACAGUGGCUGAUCGGAUUGGCAGUGUUUCUGCUCCCAGGAGCGUCAGCAGGGACGAGGGUGAGGGCAGCGCCGUGGCACGUUAGCGUAGGGAGAGUUCUUCUGUUCAUGGCAAUAUCCGCUGCUCUGACGGGUCUGAUCGAGAAGGCGACUUUCUUGAAGCUGCGGCAUAAUGGCGAGGGCCGUUUAGUCAACUUCCUCGCGCUGGCAAUCCUGCUCUUCGGGAUUUCGGUCGAUCUUUCUGUCUCUCUCGCAUAUAACAAGUUAUAAUGAAAUGUGCCCGUGUGCGUAUAAGAACAACGUACUAGCUAAAAGAUCGAUAAAAAUAUAAAAUGGCGAAUGUAUACGUUUUCAUUACACAGAAGCUGAAGUUAAACACAAUUAAUCCCGGGGCAAGUAAAAACGAAGGCAGUAAAUGUUUUAAAGCCGUAAGCAAAUGUCGAA